AUGUUAGCAUUCCACCAUCUACGUGCGCGCCCCGGCAAAUACCCCAAGCUUAGGGUGAACUACCGUUGUUGUCUUGACUGCGGAAAUUGGCAUGGCUACAAAUGCAGAUAUGAAGGCCUGAAAGUCUGCAUCCACUGCCGAAGUCAAGACCAUAGAGGCGGAGAGUGCCCAACCCCUGGUUGUUCGACCUGUCACAAGAGGCAUUCUGGUGAGUGCUGGCAUAUUGCUCAGUUGGCCACUAGACACCAUAGCAAUUUUGCCUGUCCUCACUGUCAAAGAGUUCAUCCCGGACGUUGUUGGAACCUUGCCAUCCAAGACAGGAGCAGAAUCCGCAACCGCAAGAUACCACGUAGAACAGAGACCAUCAUGUGGCCCAAAGCCUCUAAAGACGAUGUACUACUGGUCCUGUUACGACUUCUCUCUCAGCCCAUGAUUGUCCGCUCAAUCAAUGAGUUACAGGGGCAACAUCUCAAGCCCAACCAUACGAAGCCUGAACGCAUCCCAAGCGCUACCCAAGUGCCGUUCUUCUCUUAA